AUGGCCGAUCAGCACCAACAUACCCAGCAGCAGUUUGCUCCACCCACCUAUGCCUCGCUCGAGGUGCCCUUUGCGCCCCCUGUCCACCGCAAUGCCCUGCCAGAAACACGCAUUGCCGAGCCUGGUCCGAAGAAGAAGGGCAAGCGAAAGUCCAACGCUGCCGAAGGAGAUGCCAAUGGGACGACAGACUCUCCCAAGGAAAAGAAGCAGCGCAUCUCCCGCUCCUGUGAUCAAUGCCAUGGCAAGCGUAUGAAAUGCAGUGGCUUCAAGCCAUGCAACAACUGCACCAAGCGCGACAGGGCGUGUACCUAUGACAGACCCUAUAUCAGGGGCAUUGCAAAGACACCACCCCCUCCUCCCGCUGAUGGCCAAGCCCGUAACCUCGCCCAGCCAGUUGACGAGUUUGGGAGGGAAGUCCGUGACAGAAGCUGGGCUCUACGUGCCUGUGAUCUCUGUCGAACUCAAAAGGUGUCUUGUUCGGGCAAGCUACCAUGCGAGAACUGCUUCAAUAGCCGUGUUGCAUGCACCUUCAAGCUACGUGCAAAACAACGAGACUCGAUGCCACCGGGCGAGGGCGGUGAGGAAGUCGAAGGCGAGGGUGAGGCCUCAGAAGCAGAGGCUGAUGAAACAGAGCUGCAGGAGAACGACUCUACUGAAUAUGGAGGUACAUUCGCAGUCAGGCGCAUUCCACUUCAGGAUCACGAGAACUACAUGCUCACAAAUCGAUAUGCGGAUCCCGAAACACCACCCCUGGCUUUUCUUCACAAAGCCUGGGAGAGGAUGGCCCGCUACCAGAAAAUACCCACCAGCUACGGACAAGAAUAUGGUGUUCCUGGCGACCUCGUCAUGCCGCCUAGUGACCAGCCUUUCGACACUACGUUGCCGCUGGCUUUUCCUGAGAGUCCGACCAAAUGGUUCGAGAUGCUCAACGCUUUUCAGAACGGCUGGACCGAGACCUUUCACUUUCUACACCGGCCCACCGUCAAGUCCUGGUUGGAAAGGGUAUGGAAGAACUGGACUGCAAACUCACCCCUGGAGAAGGAGCUCGGCCCGGCAAAAGCCACCAUUGCGCUCAUGUGCAUGUCUAUUGGCACAAUGUUUUACGACCGACCAUGGCGAGAAGCCGUUAGACAAAAGAUGUGGGAUCGUCUCUGGACGCUCAACAUGGGAGACCAACUGUUCCUGGCAACCAUUCGUCUCACAGACUCCGAGCCGGGCCCACCAAAGCUGGAAUCCAUCCAAGCUCGUCUCCUCCAAGUCCUGUAUCUCCUUUGCACAUGUCGACUGAGCCAAGCUUGGUAUAUCUUUGGCAAUGCCGUCCACAUGCUGACUCAGCUCGGCCUCCAUCGCAGACGAGGCCGAAAUCGAGGCCUGGGUCGGGAUAUGACAGUCAACCCAGAUUACGCAAAGAUCCAGUGCGAGAGGCGCACGUUUUGGACCGCCUACAUCAUUGACAAGGAGAUUUCGUUGAUGUCUGGAAGGCCCUGCCAUUUUUCCAAUGAAGCAGUUGACCAGGAGUUCCCGGAUCCUGUCAACGACGAAGAUAUGGGUCCCGAAGGCCCUUUCCGGCCACACCUGGGCGACUGCUACUUGGAGGCUGGCACUGAGCAGGCCAAGUUGAACCAGAUCAUCGAUAAGAUUAUGCGAGACGUGUACACGUUUCGCGAGAUACCCGAUGACUGGAGGUUGGAGAGCGCUACACGACUAGGGAACGAGUUGGAACAGUGGAAAGAGCAGCUACCCUUCAUGAUGUGCCAUCUCAAGCCUUCCAUGUUGCACACCAUUUUCCGUCGACAGUCCACUCUCUUGACCCUGGCUCAUUGCCACGCCGCCAUUCUCGUCUAUCGUCCGUUCAUGACAGCACCAUACUCGGCCGAUGCCGAAAAGAAACAGGCUGCCGAUUCUGCUGUGCGCAAACUGCUUGACGCCGCUCGUAUAGCUUUGAAUAUGUGCCUCGCAUUGGCUAGAGAUCAGGAGAAGAGGGACAAGAGCCACUUCCAGUCCAUUUUCUUCGCGCACCACGUCUGCUUCUGCGCAGCCGCCGUUAUUUUCCUUCUCCCGCACAUCCGAACUCGGCAAGCCAUGUACGGAGGCACUCACUUUAGGGGAUACGGCAAGAUGGACUCCUUACUCACCGAGACCGCAGAAAAGGCCAUUGGCGCGCUCUUGAAACAAACAAAUCGCUAUUCGCCCUCGCGUAGAUGGGCCAUCAUCUUGGAAGAGCUUCGAGAUGAGGCGGCUCGCCAAGUGACUGGGGCUGGACGAACGCCGGCGGAACAGAGUCAGGCCCAGGCUCAGGUUGCAGGGCAAGGCCAGGGGGGCAGUGAUGAUGCUGAUGCCCAAUCUCCCAAUGAGCAACUCUUGGAAGAUGCAUUACGUGCCCACUGGGAAGCUGAUUUGGCCCGUCAUGUUCUCCCGAAUCAUCCACCUGCUGAAGUUGCUGAACCACCGCCUCCCCCAUUGGUAUACCGUCUGUGGGACAAAUGGAAGACGACCGAUUGGAUUGAUCUUGAUUCUGCGGUAAGUUGA